UGGCGGUGUUGUGCGGUGGUUUUUAACAUUUUAGUUUUAGCGUUGGUUGUGCUGCCGUCGCUGCGCGCUGUGCUUGACUCCGACACGCGGAAGCCACUCGCGCUGUGCUUUCUCGCGCUCCCGUUCGGGGCAACGGCCGAAGCUGUGACCACUGGGAUGCUGCAGCCGAGAUGAGACUACUACGGCGCUGACCGAAGAAAUUGCCUCGGACUCGCUUGCACCGGCAUAAUGGGCGACGACACAAGCGUUCGGGUGGCCGUCCGGGUGCGCCCAUUGAUUCCCCGGGAGGUCAUAGACCUGUGCCACGCUUGCACCAGUGUCACCCCCGGCGAACCACAGAUCUGGGUGGGCAAGGAGAAGGCGUUUACGUUCGACCAUGUCUUCGAUUGCCCUUCGGAGCAGGAGACAAUUUACAACAAUUGUGUCCGCCAGCUCAUUGAUGGGUGCUUCGAAGGCUACAAUGCCACUGUACUUGCCUAUGGUCAGACUGGGUCUGGGAAAACGUACACAAUGGGCACAGGCUACGACCUGCACGUUAAUCCUCACGAGCAGGGAAUUAUACCACGAGCCGUCCAGCACCUCUUUGAUGGCAUCGCUGCCCGCCAGCAAGAGGCACGAGACCAAGGCAAACCACCCCCAGACUUCAAGAUUAAUGUACAGUUUAUGGAGCUAUACAACGAGGAGAUCUUCGACCUCUUGAGCCCUGGCAAAGACACGCAUGAGCCAGGGAGGAAAUCUGUGAAGAUUCACGAAGACUCCAAGGGAGAGAUCUACACUGUUGGUGUGACUACCAAGGCUGUACAGAAUGCGGAACAGGUCAUGAAGUGCCUUGAAUCGGGGGCUCUCUCGCGGACGACGGCCAGCACCCAGAUGAAUGUGCAGUCGUCCCGAUCGCAUGCCAUCUUUACCCUGCACAUCAAGCAGCAAAGGGUGGUCCAACUAAAUUUGGGAGAUGGCGAUGCAGAGGACCAGGAGGAGGACAACUCCCUUUCCAAGGUCAACGGGGAAGGUUCUUCGAUGAGCGAAUUCGAAACACUGACAGCGAAGUUCCAUUUCGUCGAUUUGGCUGGCUCAGAACGGCUAAAACGUACCGGUGCCACUGGGGACAGGGCUAAGGAAGGAAUCUCCAUAAACUGUGGCCUUCUUGCUCUUGGAAAUGUCAUCUCCGCCUUGGGUGAUGUGUCAAGGAAAGUGCUGCACGUCCCCUACCGAGACUCCAAGUUGACGAGGCUACUACAGGACUCUCUAGGCGGGAACAGCCGUACCCUAAUGAUUGCCUGCGUCUCUCCUUGUGACCGUGACUUCAUGGAGACACUGAACACCCUGAAAUAUGCCAAUCGGGCAAAGAACAUCAAGAACAGGAUCACGGUGAACCAAGACAAGUCGAGCCAGACGAUCGCAGCCCUCAGACUGGAGAUCCAGGAGCUGAAAUUGGAGCUGAUGGAGUACAAGCAGGGCAAACGCUUGGUCGGAGAAGACGGCACGGAGCAGGUGAAUGACAUGUUUUACGAGAACACCAUGCUCCAGACGGAGAACAGCAACUUCCGCACCCGGAUCAAGGCCCUCCAAGAAACUGUAGAGCGCCUCACCGUCAAAAACACUGAGCUCCUGGCUGAGCAAGCAACUGGGGCGUGGGUUGGCCGUGGUGACUCGGACACCGGUGAAGAGGUCAAGAACCUCAUCCAGGGAUAUCUGAAGGAGGUUGAAGAGUUCAGGUCCAAGCUCAUGGAGUCUGAGGAGGUGUGCGCCCAGCUGCGAAAGCAGCUUCAGAGGUACCAGGCCCGCACCAGCAUGGGUCCCAACUCGACAGUGGCAGUGAGCGGCAUCUAUGACAUCAGCUGCAGCGUUGAGGAGACCAGCGUAGAAGAUGUACUUGCCGAGGCAAAGCGUGACGUUGAGAACCUCAAGCGCAAGACGAAGCACUUGUCGACAAAAGCGAACAAAGAGGAGGAGGACAGUGAAAAGAAGUCCGACGCUGACGAGGACACCGCUGAGAAUAGUGGUAACGAGAGCUCGGACUCCGAAGCGGAGGAACUGGAGGAAGACGAAACGAUUGGCAAGGACCUGGCGAAUCUCACCACUGAGAUCUCGUUCAAGCAGAAGCUCAUCGACCAACUGGAGCAGAGUCAGCGCAGGCUACAGACGAUGCGCAUGCACUACGAGGACAAGCUGAUGCAGCUGCAGCAGAAGAUACGGGAGACCGAGAUGGAGAGGGAUCGCAUCCUCUCCAACAUGAGUUCUGCUGGCGCAUCAAAGGACACCGACGAGAAAGUGCGCAAGAUCAAGACAGACUUCGAGCGCAAGCUGAACCAUCUUCAAGGUGAGCUCAAGAAGAUGCAGUCAGCCAAACGUGAGCAUGCCAAGCUGAUGAAGAACCAGGGCGAGUACGAGCGACAGGUCCGUAAGCUCAAGCAGGAAGUGGCUGACAUGAAGAAAAACAAGGUGGCCUUGGUGACCAAGAUGAAAGAGGAGAGCCGGCGGCACCAGGAGACCGAGAAGCGGCGCAACCGGCAGAUAGCGCAGAUGCUCAAGGAGAGCCGUCAGCAGGAGAACCGCAUCCGCUCCCUUGAGGCCCAGAAUCGCACCAAGGAGACGGUCCUGAAGCGGCGCCACGAGGAGAUGGCUGCCCUGCGCCGACAGGCACGACCCAUGUCGCAGCGUGUUGCCGGGCGCGUUCCCCAACAGAAUACAGCUGCGCGAAAAGGUCUCUUCUCUCCAAAAGCUGCUAAGCAAAGGUGGCAGACACUUGAGAAGAACAUUGACAAGCUGGUCUUGACAAAGCAAAGUGUCUACACCUUGGAGAAGGACAUGGAGCGAUCACUCUUGGAAAGGGAGAAACUGACGCGCUACCUGGAAAGAAUGGUGCGGAAGCGAGAAAGAGCGCUUCAAGCUGGGAAGGACAUCCGGGACUUGGACGACCAGAUUGAGGGCAUGAGGGCGAAUCUGGAUUAUCUGAACGAGAACAUCCGGGAGUGCCAGGCUAACAUCCUCCAAGUUGAGGAGACCAAAGACGACACAGACUGCCUGGAACUGGACGCUAUUCUCGAAGGCAUGGUGGACACACAGGGUCGCUACCUGCUCGACAAGCUGCUGCACAUGGCGAUAAACCAGAGUCUGCAGGCAGCGCAAAGCAAAAGCCAGGUCCAGGAGUUGGAAGCCAGACUGGAGCAGGUGGAGGCUAGCAACACCAUGCACCAGAACCUGCUCCAGCACACCAUGAACCAGAUGCAACUGGAGCCCUUGGCACCGCCCAGCUGGUCAGAGGAGCCAGAGAGUGCACCCAGCACAAGGUCAUCGUCGCCAACUGACAUGUCAACAUCAGAUGCUCAGUCGCAGUGCACCACAGCAACAUUUGCAAGGAGUAAAGCACGUCGCAAGACAGCCACACCUCAAGAGCUCCUCUACUACAGACCCGCACCUAUGGAUGCAUCUCUUCCAUCACUCUCGGGCAUCACGGAGGACACUGGCAGCGACAUGGCAUCAUCUGUCAUGACCUCAUCUGCCAUGACUUCAUCCGUGUUUGGUGACAUUUCGGAUGCUAUGAUCAUGUCUCAUCCUGACGGUGGCUGCCUCAACCUAGGAGUAGAUGCAAAUCUCCAGCGGGUGCUCAGUGCGCCAGGAUCUUUAAAAGAAGUGGGCGUUGACCCAAUGCCACCUCCGCGUGGUGCGCCCGGACUUCGCCGCCCCAAGCCUCCCACCAAGCACCUGCCCCUCGAGCUCUCUCCUAUGCUGAGGAGAAAGUUCUCAAAUGCUAACAGUAACCGCCACUUGCAAAAAGAUGCUGGCAUCGAUGCCACACCACCACCGUCGCCCCCUGUAAAUCGGAAGGUGAGGGACAACAAUGUCUUCUCAAGGCUCACCAGCACCUCCACGAAUCCAUUAGUCAAGCCAGACAGAGGUGUAAUCAGUGCGUUUGAGGGCAAGCCAGGCUAUUCGCGGAGCUCCCCACUGGUCUGCACGCACGUGGCAGAGGGCCAUAGCAAGGCUGUCCUCUCCCUGGCUGUCACAGACGACGUCCUGUUCAGUGCUUCAAAAGACCGCACAGUGAAGGUCUGGAACUUGCACACGGGCCAGGAGAUUCACUGCUUGCGAGGCCAUGCAGACAAUGUGGUGGCCGUGCGCUACUGCGAGUACCAGCGCCUUACCUAUACGGUUUCCACGGCCUUCAUCAAGGUGUGGGACGUGCGAGAAAGCCCCGCCAAGUGCAUCCGCACACUAUUCUCUUCAGGCCAGUGCAGCAGUGGGCCCGUUGUUGCAGAGUCUGCAUCUCGCAGCCUCCAGAUUCCACAAGGGGAAACGCGCAUUCAUACCAUUGAGUUGAGCCCAUAUGGUAACCUGCUCUUCUCUGCUGCCUCGAACAUCGUUCGCAUUUGGGACAUUCGCAAGUUUGCCUGUGUUGGCAAGCUGGCAGGUGGACACCAGGCAGCGGUGAUGUGCAUGGCAGUGGACGAAGUGGAUAAUGAAUCCAGCCUUGUGAUCACAGGCUCCAAGGACCACUACAUUAAGGUGUUCGAAAUCCCCGAGAGUGGGAGUGGGGUCUUCACGCCCAAGGUAAACCUGGAGCCACCCCACUACGACGGGAUCCAGAGCCUUGCUGUCUACAACGAGUACCUAUUCUCUGGAUCACGCGACAGGUGCAUCAAGAAGUGGGACCUCGCCAAUCGAUGCCACAUUAUGUCGCUGAACCAAGCCCACAAGAAUUGGAUCUGCGCACUUGCAUUCAUGCACAACGGCAGUGCCCCGCCUGUGCUGCUGAGUGGCUGUCGCGACGGCCUGCUGAAGAUGUGGAACACUGAAAACUGCUCGCUCGUUGGCGAGCUUAAGGCGCACGGCUCCACCAUCAAUGCCAUUGCCACAAAUUCGUCCUGCGUCUUCACGGCGUCCAGCGACAACACCGUGCGGGUUUGGCAAGUGCGGAACAGCCUAGAAAUCUCUCCCGACCUCCCCGACUACUAGCGUCCAACUGCGCGGAUACGCCAGACGCUCGCUCUACCUCCAAGUGCGACUGAAACUGCUCGCACCACAGUCCGUGCUGUGAUCGACGUGGACUAUCGUUGUGACGACGCUGUCGUCGCGGCAGCACGCUUUAUCGUUCUUACGUGUUGUUCAUUUUUUACUCCAACCAUUCCCAAUCAAAAAAUCUUGAGGCAGCCCCUUUAACAUUUUUUUUUUCUCCACUUCUACGAGUGCAUUUUGACUGCCCCUAGUCUUUCACUUAUUUAUGAGAGCUUUUAUUAUACAAUUUAAUGAAUUUCCUAUUGAAAGUGCUUCAUUUUUUUUUUAAAGACAUUUUAGUUUGCUGCAAUAUUCACCAAAGCUGUUCUUGCUGCCUCAGGAUGUUUUAACGAGUUUCCUUUUUUUAACGAAUGGCCAAUUUGUAGGCUUAGAAGUUUCAAACCGGUCCAAGUUUGUACGCUGUUUAAUUGUGGAAGCCUUCCACUUCUCUUAGGAUUGUUCUAAUCAAAACCUAUUUAUGAAUUUCAUCGUUUUGGCGAGCUCACAACUAUUUAUGUAUAUUUCAGCUGUCAUUAAUUUAUUAAUUUCAUGUUUGUGUUGUGCUUAUUAGGCUGUGAGAAGUAAUCUCGUACUUAGAAAGGCUCCGCACACUGUGUAUUGUGCGAACCCUUUGAACGUUACAUGAAAGUGGCUGCUUGAAUGCUAGAGACAGUACUAGGUUAUUUUCCAAACUGUGAAGGAAUGUCUGACGUAGCAAAGGCUUGUGGCCGCAAACGAAUGCCAGCUUAGGAUGAAAUUUCAGUGAUACAUUCCAGACGUGCAUAUUUUAUUUUCAUGGGCGAACUAUUUAUUAAGCAAUAUAUUUCCGCGUGUAGCCAUUUACACUCUUUUAUUCCAAAUAAAAAAUGUUCCCAUUUUAUAUUUACAAA